ACGGCUGCCGGCUCGAACCCACUUCUUUUCUUUAAAAAAAAAGUGAAUGUGAGAGGAGGGCACAGCUGUAGGCCGUCUGCGGUGUUUUUUUGUCCCUUUCUUUUGAUCUCAUCUCAUCUACCUGGCUCAAAAAAAAAAAACAAACAAGGCACGACGCUCAGAAACCGCCCUCCUGCUACAGCGUCAACGGCACCGCCUGAAAAAGCGCUCUGAAUGACUGACAGGCUGGAGGGGGGAGGUGGGGAGACACGGGGUCCGGGUCUUGCUUCCCGGAACCUGGAAUUCCAGAACUUUUGUUCCUUUUGCACACCCAGGAGGGUGCCGCCAGCCUGCCCUCCUCGUCCGCGGUCUUUGACGGGAUUAUACGGCUCCCUGAAGGGGUGGAAGCGCUCUGGGGGGGACGUCCGACCGGCCAGCGGACGGGACGGAGCGGUUCUUCCCCCCCGACUCGGUUCCGAAGCCCGGACGCGUGCCGACCCGUCUCACGAUGGACCAGUUCGGGGCGGCGCUCGGGCUGCCCUUCCGCUUCGGCCCCUCCUGCCUGGACCUGGUCGGGGGGGACCCGGGGUGUCCGACGUGCGCGUCCUACGGGCCCUUCCGGGCCCACCUGGGCCUCUGCGACCCGAACCCGCCGCCGGCCUUCGUCCGGAAGCGCAACGAGCGCGAGAGGCAGCGGGUGCGCGGCGUGAACGAGGGCUACGCGCGCCUCCGCCGGCACCUGCCCCCCGGGGUCGCGGACGGGCGGCUGAGCAAAGCGGAGACGCUGCGGGCGGCCAUCGGCUACAUCCGGCACCUCCAGCGCCUGCUGCGCCCGCCACCCGCCGAGCCGCCCGAGAGAGCGGACCGCAGCAGCGACGGGGAGUCGGGGGCGAGCCGCGGGGACGGCGGGGAAGUCAGCAACUAGGCGGAGUUGUGUGUGUGUGUGGUGCUGACCUGUUUGAUGACGGAAAAAGGCCAAUUCGGUAGACGAAACAGUAGCCACAGGCUGUCCUUUAGUGUCUCAGACCCUUGUAUGUAUACAGAUAAUGCUAAUUUCACACGUACGCAAGUCUUGAGGCGCCAGUCCGCCUCAGAGCACACUCACACCACGGCCAGUUUUCCAGGAGGCCAAUUGACAACUUGGACCAGAAGAGGACCUGCGAACUCCAGGAACUGGACCAGCCAGUGAAGGCAGCAACGCUAACCCGCCGGUGAAUUAGACACGAUCCUCCGGACCUCUCUUCCCCGCGGACUUGUUUUAUAUAUUCGUCUACUUUAUAGAAAUCAGGCCGUGGUCCGCUUCUUCUGGUAAUGCACCCCGCCUGUGCGGACAGGCGGUGUGACCGUGUGGCCAGGCAGGCGCGCCGGCCGGAUCUCCGUCACGGUUUCGCUCAGUCACGGAUCCGGUCCAGUUCAACACCGACGCGGAGAUCCUCGUCUCCCCUCUCCUCUCCAAAACUCGCAAUGCGCCGGGAGGUGCAGUCGUAUCGCCCUGCAGCUCCCAGCUGACAAACCCCACUGGAGCCCAGCAGGUGUGAGCCUGGCCAGUACCUGGA